AUGUCGAAGUCAGCAAAAGAAUUUGGUGUUCAGAAUCCAGAUAUAGUGUUAGUACACUAUCUGAACGUGCCAUACCCAGAUGACAACAAGCUGGCGACGGUAGCACCCAGCCUGGCCCUCUGGGCAGACAAGAAGGAGUGGACUAAGGAUGAGCUGGUCUGUCAACUGAAGCCAAUGUUGUCCUCUGUUUCAGUCUUCAGCGAAGAUGAUCCUGACCACAGCAAUGACUUGGAAAUUUCGGGCAAAAUGUUUCAGACCUCGGAAACCGUUGAAGUUAUCGUAACUCAGCUCAUGGAGAAGCAAAGGGCUGCCAGAGCUGCAGCUUUAGCGAGGCAGCUGGAGUGCGGCUGUCCUGACUCCACCUGCAAUGAUUCAAGAAACUGUGCUCAUCCCAUGCGUCGAGUUCAAGCUGCAAAACCACCACCUUCAGAUCACCAAGUUUCAUCAACCACUGGCCCUUCACCGAGACCCAUGUCUCACCCACCUAGGCAAUACACCAGAGACCACCGACCUGCACAACAAUCAGCAUCUCCAUUACUUCUAUCUUUAGGCCAAAUUCAGGGUGGGGGUGGUCUCCUUAUAUUAAACGGAACGAGCAACGGUACCCAACAAAACUCGUCUUUGGUAUCUCCACUAUCAGUGACGUCAUUCGUCUGUGAAGAACCCCGCGAUAGGUAUAGGCAGCAGUACAAACCCACUUUUGUUUUAAAACGGGAAAUUCCAGACAGUCAACCUACUGUUGUUCAAAAUACUGAGACAAAGUUUGAAAUUGAGCCUAAAGAGGAAAAAAUAGAUGUUGAUGUAUUUGAAAGGAAAAUUAAGGUGGAGCCCAGAAGUAGUGUCAGUCGGAACCAGGUAAUCGCAAGUGCGCCGGCGACUCCAUCAAGAUAUCCAGACUUAGUUGAAAGAUUAGAAAGUAAAGUUUUGACAGAUAACUGUGAUGAUACUUUAGUGCUGCUCGGUACUGACAGCAAUUUAGGUUCUAGUGGGUUCUUUGAUGAGACCCUUGAAUUAUCGCAUGAAGAUAUUCAAAAGACAUUGUCGGCGAAUAUGCCUACUUGUGAGCUGGAUAGGAAUGGUGUGAGGCAUACUGAUACGGCCAAUGUGAUGGUGUCCGGUAUAGAUACGAUGGACUUUAUAGACAGUUGUGAAGUUGUAGCUUCGCCAGCUACAGGAGUUGAUGAUAAUGUGUUUGUGAAUUUGGACGCUUUUGAUAUGCUCGGAGACUUUCCCGAAUUGGAAGUGCUGGAUCCCAGUGGGAUGUCAUCAAAUCCAGUGACUCUUAGUGACAAGUCUCCCCCAGCCGAAGAUACUAGUGAGAAAAUGCAGACUGAGAGUAGUAGUAAUGAGGGUACGCUGAAUAUCACGGAUUAUUCCCCAGAAUGGGCCUACCCUGAAGGUGGAGCGAAGGUUUUAGUAGCUGGCCCUUGGACAGAUACAUCAGAUCAGUACACUGUACUAUUUGACAACUUUCCAGUGCCAUCAAUUUUAGUCCAAAAUGGAUUAUUGAGGUGUUACUGUCCAGCGCAUGAGGCAGGGUUAGCAGCGUUGCAGGUGGCUCGAGGUGGUCGCGUUGUAUCAGACACGGUUGUCUUUGAAUACAAGCCUGGUCCAGCACCUGCGCCGUCGUCUCCCGCGUCAGCGCCGCUCCCAUCGUUGGAUUUGAGGAGGUUUUCACUGCUGCAGCGUUUGCAACGAUUACAAGGUCGCUUGCAAAUGAAAAUUGAACCUGCUGAUGAAAAUAGCCAGAUUGAAGAUGUUCAAUUGUAUUCGAACCCGAAAUUUGAAGAACGGUUGGUUUCUUUCUGUCGAUCUUUGAGCAAUCGGUCGACCGGUACAUCGGAGGGCUUCACCACGGAACCAAAUGAAGAUGGCUCCACGAUAUUGCAUUUGGCUGCUGCACUAGGUUAUACCAAGUUGACCACAGUCCUACUGCGGUGGAGGCAGGAUGACACCAGUUUAGCUCUGGAGAAAGAAAUCAACUUGGGUGCAAGGGAUAGUGAUAACUGCACUCCUUUGAUGGUAGCUAGUGCGGCAGGUCACGUGGAGACGGCCGUGGUGCUAGCACGCUGGAGCGCGGGCACGCGGCGCGAGGCUGGCGCACGCGCAGCUGCUGCUGCAGCACGACGUGCUGGCCACUCACACCUUGCUGCUUUGCUUGAUAGGAUACACCCGCCUGCUAAAGAUGGAGUCUUUCUUAGGCCGCAUAGUUUAUCACAAAAAAGCCGUGCCGGUAGUUUGGAGAGCAACCUGGUGAAGAGGCCGUCGAUAGAUUCUGGAAUCAAUAUGGCUGACGCGUUUAGAUCCAGUUCAGCCAUUGAUAAAUCAGAAAGCAGUUCCUCUGCAAGAUGGGAACGAAGCAUGUCUCUACCUUUAGAUUCAGAUACAUCAGAAGAUAGUCUCGGAGAUUCCAAGAUUGGCAGACGUAUGGACCUGGCCCUCUGGGAGCAGGAUGACCGGGUGUUCACGCUGGCGGAGCAAAUUAUUGCCGCCAUGCCAGAAAGGAUAAAGAACGAAAGCUCGUCUCUGCUAUCGGGGUGCGGCUUAGACAGCGGCGGGGGAAGCGGGGAAGACACACUCAUGGUGCCACUUCUGGACGAGAACACCACAUUUAACAGUGACUUCACCUUUGAGUUCUGCGACAACACAUACAGGUAUUGUGGGGGUUCGACACCUUGUUCGUCUGGCUCCGUGUCUCCUGGUUCAGCUGCGCUUUCUCCGCCACCUCCGUCGCCCAGAUCUGCGUUGUCACACCCACCUCUAUGUACGACCCCUUCUGCCACUCUGCAAGAAUUUCUCAACGCUACCACACAUUUCUCUAAUCUCACGUUAAAUGAUCGUGAACAACGAGAACUGUACUCUGCAGCCAUUACAAUUCAGAAGGCAUAUCGCCAGUACCGUGGCAGACAGCUGCAGCGAAGAGCCGCAGCCGCUGCGAUCACCAUACAGAACUGUUACCGGAGAUACAAACAGUUUGCGUACUUGAAACAAAUGCACGCGGCUGCGACAGUGAUACAGCGCGGUUAUCGUGCAAUGCGUGCGCGUAGGAUGGCCACCACACCAAUCAAGAGGACAUACUCUCAAAGGCGUCAAAAUCAGGCAGCGAGAAAAAUUCAACAGUUCAUGAGACAAUCCAAGAUCAAGUUGCAGAACGCACGAGCCGAAAGCGUGAGGGGGGUCCGGCGAUCGCCGGAUGUCCGCCAAAACUCGCUGCAGCGCAUCACCAAUACACCACCCACGCCCAAUAGGAUCGUUGAUUACCUUGCCCCUGAAUCGCCAAUGAACGUGGACGAAGAUCUUCUGCUUGAACUUCUGUUUAAAAUCUAACAACGGCAGUUAUUAUACGGACACUAUCCAUUCCCAAAACGAUGUUCAUUUCCAUUGCACUGUCAAUGGAAGGGUUUCUUUCAUCAUUUAUUUAUUACAAGUCGAAAUUUUCUGUUGGAUUUGUAUCUUGUGAUUGUUUUACAUCGAGUACUUCAGACGUGUUAACGCUGACUGCCAUUCACAUAUUAUUCAAUAUCUAUCUGACACGACGCACUUUUAACGAAACAGGUUUUUUAUCGGAGUUGUGAACUGAAUCAGGCCUUGUCUACUUGAAAUGUUUUAAUUCUUUUGUAAACGUAUUACUUAAUCGUAGAAACAAAAAGUUUUGACGAAUACCUAUCAUCUUUUUCAUUUAGUUCUUCUGAAUUCUUUUUCUUGAACACUAACGUUAUGAUUCGAUAUUACAAUUUAUUGAUGUGAUUGAACGGAUUUUCGAUAUCCACUGUUCAUUCGUUCUCAAUAAUUUGCUUCGCAUUACCAUCUGCGAGUAUUAUGAACGGAUUAUAGCAAAGCGUGUGACUCUAGGAAGUAAUUAUGUUUUCCUUAGAAAUGACUUGUUCAGAGUUUAGAUUUCGAUUUAUUCUUUAUUUUAAACUCUUCAGGUCAUAGACAGGGUUAUAUUUAGUAUAAAUUUUAUCGUAUUUGUAUUAUAUUUUCAUAAUGUAUUUUUGAGAUAUUCGUUUAGAACAUUUAUUGGAAUCAUAUUUUUGAAAACUCUAAAUUGCAUGUAAAGUAAUUAAAACCUAGAUCAUCAUACGUAUUGGCUGAACGAUUUCUUAAGAUUCGGCGCAUUUUUUCAAAAAUCUACCGAAAACUCUUCAAAAGUGAUACGAGACAUUUCGCUUUUGACAGUUCAUGUCAAUUGCAAACGAUUUGAUGAUGAAUUUCAAUGAGAACAUUUGUUUUAAUUUGUUUACGUUGGACUUUAGUAGAUCGAGUCAAAACUUAAAUUCUAUUCUAUGAAUAAUUUCAGCAAUGGAGUUUAAAAUAUGUAGGUUAAGUACAAAUUCAAAUUAUUAAAAGCCACUGUUCUUAUAAAGUAGAUGCACUUAGCGUAUAAUACAAUAAACCCGACGAGCUGUGAGUAUUUUGAGAUUUUAUCGUAUUUAAGAGAAAUAAAAGUAAUUACGCAGUUAGUUUUGGUCGAAAGUUUAACAAUAGGUUUCAUUCCAGCCUAAAUAGUUUUAAUUCUUUUAGUCUAUGCAGUGAAGUGAAGCCUUAGAUAUCAUCGAACAUGAUCUAUCUUCGAGUCUCUCCUUAGAUUAGAUCUAACAUUGUCAAGGACCUUCGACCGUUUAUCCAACCAUGUGUUUCAAUAAGUUCACUUCGUCUUCUUUCCUACCUAUCUCAUUGAUUUCGUGUUCCUCCUUCCCUAGUUCCUAUUCCAAUAAGUGCGGAUCCCUAAUAUGAAUUUUCAUCAACUACCUACAUCUAUAAAUUAGUUAUUUAGAUAGUGAACUUUUGUUUUUAGAUCCUCGUUAUGCUAACGCCAUACUUACCUAGCGUUCAUGAAGAAAUAAGGUUGUGCACCACUUAAAUAUAGAAAAUAAAAACCUAAAUAUUCCCUUUUUCUGAAUUCUCUGAUAUUUUAACGUAGUAAAAAUAGUAAAGUUUUAUAGUAUAAGAAAUAAUAGAAUAAUCAUAGCUUAACCAUAAGAAGACGUGCUACAGUCGAGAUAUUUUCGAUUCGUAUUUUUAUAAAGCAAAAGUUUCGAACGAAUAAGGACGCUUUGCUUGAGCAGGGCCCUGGUACUUUGUGUUAUAUUACUUACUUCUAACAACUGUCUUGUUUAACUUUCCUUGUUACAUUCUGUUGUUUUAUUUCCACUAGAUCUAUGACUUGGUUCUUUUUGAAAAUUCUUACUUCUCUCGACAUAAUUUUCAAACUGUUCGUACAUUCCGAUAUAUUCCUGUUUAUUUAGAUUUUGGGAGGCCCAGAGUUGAAAAAGUAGGUAAAAAAGGUUGGUAGAUUCGUAGCAAAUGUUUCAAAAAGCCGUUUUAAUGUCGAACGGUGUUUUGUUACGAAUAUAUCAAUGUUUUUUCGAUUAGAAGAAGAAUAAACACGCGACGAGGAUUGAGAAAAACCGUCCAGUUGUGGCGGCUUUUGCACCCUCCGGUGGCGAACGGCAAAAGUCGCAAAUAUCGCGGGUUUGCACACACGCGUACAUCGUAUGAGACAUCGGCGCGUAGGCUCGCGAGCGCGGUCGGCCGGGGGCGCACUAAUACAACACGUAUAUUUCAUAUUUUUGGAUCGCUAAUUUUAAGAUGUUAUAUUUAUAUAUGUAUAUGUAGUAAUGGCGGGUACGAUACCAGUAUUUCGAGAUGUAUUGCGCCAAAAGUUUUGAUGUAUUAAUUUUCCAUAAACGUUAUUCUAUCAUUUCUGUCUUAAUUUUCGAACAAAUAGUUCGUUUAGCUAGUGGUCAUGCAUAUACCUAUAUUUUUAGAUAGCGUGCACGAUUGCUUCUGGAGCGCUGAUAAUGUUAUUAAAAUGCGAAACGGUUGGAGAUACGACGAAAAUAAAUUAAAAAAAAUAUUUUUCUCUGUAACGCGGAACCUCUGAAAGCAAUAAUAUUUUUGUGGUGAAAUAAACUCUGAUUUGUAAAGAAAGUGUAUUUUAAUAUCCACGCGGUCGUCACAGUACAGUUGAAAUAUAGACGCUUCUUAGUGCCACCGAAAACUGUGUCCUUUUUACUAUCUUACAUAUUAUUUUAUUAAAACGUGAAUAUUGUUUAAAAAAAGCCAAAAACUAAAAAAGUUACAUAAUAAUAUUGUGUUCUAUUUUUUAUAAAAUAAAUGUCAAUUACAUAAAAACAGAAAAAAAAUAAUUCAUUUUUGUAAAAAAGAUUAUGUAUAUUAAGACAAACAAACUUCUUUAUUUAAUUUAUAAUUUUUAGCAUUUAUUUAUUUUAUUUAUGAAUGAUAACGAAAGCAAUAAACUUUUCGAAGGUAGUAAAGAAGGCACACUUGCGGCGAGGCUUAGUAAUUGACCACAGCUAAAAGAUAGUGCACUAGAAGUAGAUAUAGUUAGAUAAAUUACUAUUAUAUGAAAUAAUAAAAAAAAAACUUGAAAUCUAUACAUAGAAUUUAAAACUAAAAGUUUAACUAAUACUUUUUAUUAUUAUAUUAUAAGAAGCUUGUUCACACAUUUUAACUUCAUAAUAAUAUUUAGUAAGUAUUCGUAAGACUAAAAGAUAGAAAUUGUUACUAACUGAAAUUGGUACUGGAAUGCGAUAUUAGUGAGAAUAUGAUUGGAUUUCUUUUAUCUUUUAGGGUGGGCCGUAAAUAGUUGAGCUUUAUUAUGCCGUAGGCACGUUUCUUUUGACGAAAAUGUGAUAAAAAUAUUUGCAAAAACGCAUUGAUUUUUAGCGUCUAUGAUUUUUGUAUUUAUGUAGGUAUAAGUUUAAUGAUUGUUGUUUAAGUAAUUUUCUUAUAGUGAACUUUUUCGCAGUAGCUUGCGUGUUUUUUUUUCAGAGAGGGAAUAAAUUUUAGUUUUAGUCAUUUCGAUCUUUUAUUUAGUAAAAAUAUAGAUAGUUUUUGUUUUAAUUUCGAAGUGAUUCGUUAAUUGGUCAAAGUGAAUGGCUAAAACUAAUUUCGAUCACCUCUUUGUAAUGACGAUUAAUGAUUUUUUAAUCAAAAUGAAGCCUGCCUAAAGUAUAUUGCAUAUCACUUAGAUACUUAAUUAUAACUUGAACGUUCUCGACACUCGCGUUUGAUAUUAGUUACUUUUGUUUCAUGAAUGCUAGAUCACUAGAACUUCGUUUUCUAUAAAUAUUUAUUAUAGUUGCUAAAUCCUUGUACUAGGAUUGUAAUGUUUUGACAUGCAACAUACCUAGUGAGUAAUUCAAGAUGUUUUUUCUUCAACUUUAGCCAAAAGUUCAAUGAGCAGUUUUAGGCUCUUAUUUAUAAGUUUAAUUACUACUCAAAGCAAUAGUGCCUGAUUUAGUCAAUACAGUAGUCAAAUUCUGCCAUAAACCUUUAGUUACAUAAGCCUUAGUCAUUUUUAUUAUAGAAAAUAUAUAAUUUAAUUUAUCAAAAAUCAUUACAAUCCUAUAUUUUUAUAGCUAGCUACUAGAGUUAUUGCUUUACAAACAAAUUUAUAUAGAAAAAGGCAUUUGAUAGCGAAUUUUAUGAUGUUAUUUAAUUUUUUAAUUAAAAAUAAUGGUUUAUAUGCAAUCUUAAGCGUUGUAUGUAAGUUUUUUCUUUAGCAAAUGUAAGAGAUUGUCAUGUACUGCCAGUUUCAAGGUUUCUAAAACACCAAUAUGGAGGGACGUGUGAAUGACGACUGUCCGAUUGAACAACUUAGAAUCUCUUUUUUAUAGUUCAUCUUUCUUAAACAAAACAUUAAAUAUUGAAUUGUAAUAAUUGGAUUUAAAGUUAUUACGUGGAGUGUAUUUUCGACAUCUAUUUUAAAUAGGUAAUGAAUUAUAAAAAAUGAGUUGUAAAUAAUUUGUGGAAAAAUUAUGAAAAGUGUUCUUUUAGUUGUCACAUUUUAAUUUGUAAUUUUUGUGUUUUUGUAAUAAAUUUUAGUUUCGUUGUAGGUUUUUUAUGUGAACUGUAAAUAAACAAUAUUGUUCCUAAGUAUUUAUAAUCGUAAUUAUUAAUCGUAUACUUAUUUUAAUAUUAACGUUAUUCUUAUAUGAAUAAAUAAUAAUUUGGUAUUGAUUUCGACGUUUUCUUUUUUUGUUUUUAUUAAAUUCUUAAAUAGAUUUAUAUUUCAAUUUGUUAUUUUAACAAUAAUUAGUAUAAAAGGUUAUUAUUUUAAUAAAAUUACAUUAUUAUUUUUGUUAUAUGAAAAUGUUAGUUGAAUUUGUUAAAGUUAU